AUGUCGAAAGUCCGGUGGACGGCCGACGCGUUUUGGAACUUGCAGGAUCAAAUUCCCGAGGACAGGAAACCGUUGACGUAUAUUCUCUACGCAGACAAGGCAAAACUAUCGUCAUUUGGACGAGCAAAAGGAUAUCCAGUCGUCGCCCGCAUAGCAAACCUCCCGACCUCAAUUCGCAACGGGGAAGGAUUUGGCGGCGGCCGAGUCGUCGGUUGGCUACCAAUCGUCAAGGAAGAUAAGCGACAGCGCAACAAGCCGCCUUGGGCGGCCUUCAAGAACGUCGUGUGGCAUAAGUCUUUCGAGAGGAUCCUCGAAGACAUUGCCGCACACUCCAAGUCCGGGUGCUGGAUUCGAUGCUGGGACGAUAUAGAACGCAAGUUUUAUCCCCGCGUCCUCGUCCUUUCUGCGGACUAUGAGGGGCAGUGCGUUAUGGCCCUCACUCGCGGUGUCAGCUCCAAGUACCCAUGUCCCAUUUGCAUUAUCCCGCGGGAGGAGCUCUCAAACGUCGCCAACCGGCCCGUUUACCCACUUCGAACACGAGACGGCGUCAUCGCCACUCUGCACAAGGCCCGGAAUGAGUCCCGAACGGAAGGCGAGGAGACGUUGAUGGCUGAGGGGCUGCGGGACAUCGACAACGCGUUCAACGCUGUCGAGAGCGCCGACGUACACCGUGCCCUCCCCUUCUCCAACUUGGCUCUCUUGCUCUUUCACCCUCCUUCCCCAUCUCCGCUUCUUCCUCCAUCUCCUUUGCUUUCCUCUUCCCCUUCCCCUGCGCAGAAUUAUCCAGCUCAGACGCCGCCUCCAACAACGCCGUGAGCCACUCCCUCAACGGCGGGCUAGAGCUCCCUCAGGUCGUCCAGCGCUAGAUCACGUCCCUCGUCGUCGGGUGCAUUGCACCGAACAUCCCGCCAAAACCAAUGCUGAAGCCGUUUGCAACCGCACCCGCACAGAGUCCACCGCCGUUACCAGCACCGCCAGCAUGGCAUUGGCGCCGCCAACGUCGUCGUCCAGACUCGGGAAUCCGGCGCGCAGGGAUGGAAAGGAUGGUGUCGUGCAGUUCCGCGCGGAUGCGGUGGACGUCGAGAGCGCGGUACGGAUCUGAUGGCGUAGGAGCGCUUGAGGUUGUGGAAGAGGAAGAUGACAGGGACAGGGACGAUAGUGUCGCUAAACGAAGGGGCGCCAAUACGGCAGGCUGAGUAUCCCUCGCCCUCAACAGGUGGCUGUGCCCCUCGAGCGGCUCUUUAAUCUUGUCGGUCCCGCAGCGUCGCACCUGCGCGGGUGGAUCGCGAGCGCGGCGGAGUAGUUGUCCAAGCCGUUGGCGGCGACAUCGGCGAGCACGGAGAGGGCGCUGCGCAUCGCGCUGGGGUGGUUGUACCCCGCGCCGAAGUAGAUUGCGUCGAACUUGGCGAGGAAAGGUGUGGUUUGAAUAUCACAAUGCUUUCUUCGAGGACGGGGGUGACGGUGUUGUAGAUGGGCAUCCAGUGAAAACUAUGACGAGCGCAGGUGCAGGUAGGCUUUUCCGCGGUGGGUGCAGAGGUAGAAACGUCGGGGUCGGACGAGGGAGAAGAGGAGGAUGGGGACGGAUAGAGUGGCAUUGUACACGCGCUGGCGGGGUCAAGCUCAACGUCUCCAUCGACGUACUCGAUGUACUGUUUCUUCGCUUUCGUCCUCCCCCCAUCCAAGAUCUUCCCCAAAGCCCGGGAGCCGAAAUGUAAUUGAAUGUCUUCGAGCAUAACGGGAGUCGAUUCCGUAGCGCCUUCUUUCGCUUAGCGAGCAUGGCGAUGAAGAUGUCGCACCAUACCCAGAAGAGGACGGUCUUGAGGGCGCGAAGGUCGGCGACGGAUCUGAGCCGGACUAGGAUGACGAUGUUGGUUUGAGCAUAUCUAAGCAUUUCCAUCUGAAACAGCACAGAAAUUGUAGCCAAGCAGUUGCAUCAAUGGUACCAAUGAGGCCGAUUACGUCUGCUGUGUACAAUAGGCGUGUACGCGAAAGGCGGAAGCCGGUGCGUGUAGCGCAGACGGUACGCCACACAUCUUGAACCCACGAGAAGAGCACCUCAACGCACUACCUGGAGAGGUUGUCGUGCGAUGCCGAGUUGAGCAUGGCUGGGUGGAGGGUCAGACGACCGAGGUCGUUGACGGACAGGGAUGUUGGCGUUCAUCUUUUUCAUGUGGUACAAUGCGCGAUUAAAUGUGUUUGGAUGGGUUAGGACAGGGCGG